CUCCGCCCGUCCAGCCAAUAGGAAGGGCGGAAUAGGAUCCGUGCCUACAAGUGUAUUGCAAUGCGUGUCAUGUGAUGGGCCUGUGAAGAAUGCCAACAUGGAACCGUGGCAAGGACGAUGUUUUUACCAGGCAUAACACGAGGGAAACCUUCGAGACCGUGGAUCCUAUUAUACGCCUUGAAGAGAAACACCUACAUUUUUAGUAGAGAGCUGACGAGGAUUAUUUUCUUCCUGGAGUGCUUUACCAUCUUUUCCCCUUGGUUGGGACUUUGACAAAUGGUCUCAGUAAGUGAUAAAGUGGUGACCAGUGACAGUGACUCACUAAGGGAUGGUUCCCUCGCCACCGUUCCAAUUAACAGUGUGGAAGGGAGCAAGAGCAGCAAUGCCAGCAGCGUGGCCCUCUGCUCCAGUCCCAAGACCCCUGGGGAGAAUGGGGUCCUUCUCAGCUGCAGCCCAGGGGAGCAGCAGGAGUACAGAGGGGCCCACACCUCUACGCUCCAUCUCUACCUAAGCUCCUGUAGUGUGGGCCGAGAGGACAAGCCGCCAGACUUUGGCCAGCGGCUGACAGAUGGCUUUGCGCCCACACUGGAAGACAUCGAGGAGUUCCUGCGCGAGAAGAUGGAGCAGGUGAAGGAGGGACUUCUGGGAGCAGCCGACAGUCAGAGCAAGGAGGAGGACGAGGAGGAGGAGGAGGAGGAGGAGGAGGAGGAAAUGGAGGAUCCCGAGGCUAGCCCUGUUCGUCCCUCUGCCUCUGCUGAUUCACUGUCUCCGAGCCCACCUGCAGACCAGACGGUGCCCCCAGUCCCUGCCUCGCCCUCAGCUCCUGUGCUGGUUGGCUCCCCCGUGCUCCUCCAGCUGCAGCCGCUGGCCCCCAGCCCCGCCGGCCUGCGUGUGGCCCACCUGCUGGUGGGUGUCCAGAAUGCCCAGAACUUUAUGGUGCUGUCACCCCAACAAGGGCCCACAUCCACCCUGUUCCCUUUCCCGGGCGGGCCAGAUCAGAAGUAUGUGAAGAUCGCCCCCUUGCCCCUGACUGUGCGGGCAGUGGGAGUGGCAGGGGCCAACCUGGUGAAAGCCAUUCCUCCCCGACCCCCCAGGCCCGCCUCAGAGAUGUUACGCGUGCACAAGUGCUCGCACCCUGGCUGUGAGAAGAUGUACACAAAGAGCAGCCACUUGAAGGCCCACUUUCGCAGGCACACGGGAGAGAAGCCCUAUCAGUGCAGCUGGCCUGACUGUGGUUGGAGGUUCUCUCGUUCCGACGAGCUGUCGCGCCACAGACGCUCCCAUUCCGGGGUCAAGCCAUAUGGCUGCACCUUCUGCGACAAGAAGUUUGCCCGCAGUGACCACCUGUCCAAACACACCAAGGUGCACCGCAGCCCUCGGCCCGGGCGUCUGGUGCGGGCCAGCUUCUGAGUGGUCUCUCGGGUCUGGACUGAGUUUCAGGCCACUCUGCAGGCCUUGCUGGGAUUGCCUUGGUGCUCCUCUGAAAGGAAGCCCAGCAAAAUGUCAACAACAAUAACGAAAUGACAGUAACAAUAUAUCUCCAAGGUGCUCUUGUAUGUAAAGAAGCAGGAAAAAAGUCUGCAUCCCCCUUCCUCUUAUUUGUAGAGGUACACCAGAUGUUUUAGCUUGUUUUGUUUUGCAGUGCUUCAGCCAGCUAACUUGAACCCGCUCAGGGAUGUGAUGUUUCUUUUUUUAAGCUCGGAGCAGGUUUGUGAGUUACUCUUGGCAGAGGCAUUUGCAGACAUCAGCGGCAUGUCCCUCAGUCUGUCUCUUCAUCUGCUAAAACUAUCUAUAACGACCCUUAAAAACAACAUUGGCUCUUUCAUUUCCGCUUUAAGCACAAUCAGUAGGAAAGAGUAGAAUGUUAAUUUAUAGAACACUAAUCAGUCCGCAAUUAUUUUAAACAGUUUUAGUGAAUUGGUUUAGCGCUGAAGGCACUAACCUUAAAAUGAUGGACUGAUGGUAUAGCUGGUUUUAUGGUGCUCUGUUGAAGGCUGGCUUUGUAGAGACUCAAAUCUGUUUGCCAAUUCCAAGCUCCAUGCACUGUGAGAUGGCAUAAUACUUAGCGACUCGAUCGAUAGUUAAUUGCCUUGAAAAAACAAGGCAACAUGCCGUGUCGAUGCUUGUCUACCAGAUUUUAGCUUAAGACCACCAGAAUUAGUUAGAAGGUGGGUGAAGAACUCAAUAAAUUGUAUCAUUGAUUGCACUAAAACAGAAAUGCAGUAGAGUACCUUGUUUUUUUAAGGUAAAGCAACAAAGGUGGCUUUUACAAAAAUGAUCAUCUCAACAUUGCUCCAGUCUUCAAAACCAUGUGACCUCUACUACUCAUAAAUAAGUAAAAAUGGGUUUAGUUUCACAAAUAAGCUCUUGUGUGACCGUCGGGUACGGUUGUUCAAAUCAAAACUUGGACUUAUGCACUAGUACACUCACCUUCUUAACAUGCAAUCCCAAGGAGUAUAUUCUCCUCCGCAAGAACGUGUCCUCUUCAUAGUGCCCAUUCAUAGUGAAAAAGUGCUCUUCAGCAGCUGUUGCCCGAGUGUCCUUAACCUCUUUAUUGUCUUUGUUUUAUGCGGUUUCCAUGUCCAAACAAACCCCCAGGUCCACCUAAAGGUAUUUCUUUGUACUGUAAACUUUCUGUCCUGUCCGUAUGCCUUCUUACCCUUGAAAUCACCACCCUGGAAAAGGCCAUAACACUCUCUCUUUCUCAUGUGGGAUGGUUUUGGUAACGAUGAUGAACUUCAUCAUCUAAGAGUCCCACUCAAGUACUGUAUGAAUUAUAAGCUAUUUUUCUUUAUUGUUAGAUAAUAUCAGUGUAUGCUUGUUGCAUAUGCGCCAUUAUGUUCUUUUAUUGUAUUCGUACUUUUUAGUUUAGUCGAUGUUAACGUCCAUAGUUUCUGGUAGGCUGAUAAAGACAGCUUCAUUAUGUACACUGAUUCUUGGUCUGGCAGCUGAUCGUUUCAUGUCGAUAUGAAGCUAUUUGGCAACAUUUUUAUCUGAUUAAGCUAUGUAACGGGAAACCAGAAAAUGUCAAGGUUUUUUUUCUUUGCCUUGAUGAAUCAUGGUUUUGUUCCCGGAGUGGUGGAUGUCCUUGCUGGGACUCGUUGAGGGAAACUGUUGUUAAUCACUGCAACCUGAAAAGUGCACUUAGCUGAUGGCAGGAAGGUGCGUUAAAUGUUGCAUCUUCAUAAUCUCCACUCGGUCUAUGAACAAGGUCUGCGUGAUGGAGACGGAACCAUGUUUGAUGUAUGGGGGCUCCUGGUGUCAAAGUGUACAACUGGACUGAUAUAGGAAUAGCACUUUUACCCUAUCUUAAAAGGUUCUUCUGGAUCGUUCAUCACUAUAUGUUUGGGAAGCAAUGACAAGAAGUAUUCAUGCGUUUACUCUACGAUACUAAUCCAAAUGCCGAAUGCAAUCCCUCAGAACCUGUUUUUCUUUUCUUUGCCUUACCAGGAUUGUGAUGCUGCCCAGUUUAACUGUACUCAUUAACAAAGCCAUCAGAUGUAGCCACUCUACUGUAGAGAUGGUGAAAAACAGUAUAGGUUCUAUUUUUGAACAAUGCUAUUUUCCUAUGUAUGAUAAAUAAAAAAUGGAAAAAACACUUGCAUUGGAAAGUGAUUUUUUAUUUUUUUUACAUUUUGGGGUUGAAACUGGUAUGUGGUGGAGUAUGAGACGCCGAUACAAUGAAGCUAGAAACCACAUUUCACCGAUGAAUGCAACAAUCCCUAGCUUGUUGUACCUGUUGCAUAACUUAGAGAAAACGCAACUCGUUCGCCUGCUCCCUCAGUUGCCUUUCUGACAUUUUCUGAGAACCAGCUCUUGACAUGUAAUGAAAAUGUCUUCCAAGGACUGAGGCUGACAGACCUGCCUUGGUUCUUUUGUUGGUGAAGGAGGGUAAGAGAUGUAUAGGUGUGCAAGGAGUUCAAGGCUCAGUGUUACAAAAAGAAACCAUUAUGAUUUUGUUGUUACACACUCCCUCUUUUGGGGCGUGAAUUAUUCAUAGGAUCACAGCUCAAGUGUCCUAAGAGUGCCAGAAAAUAGAAUAGAAUGCAGUGGGUUUGAGAGAGGAGAAUGCCAGUUUGUUUCGGACUGAAUAAGUUGCUGCCGAGCAGAAAUAUGUGGGAGUGUUCUGUGUGAUGUUGGCUGCAGGGAGCAAAGGCACUGUAAGAGCCUAGCAUGCUUGUCGGACUGGAAUGUCUGGCUUUUUGUGCCAAACUGCUCUCUGUAUGUUUCAUUUCACAGUGAGCUGGAAAAGGUGUGGCCACCGCUCCCUACGCUGACCUAACAUCAACCCCCACCACAGCACUAAAAAUACGUGUGCACAGCCCGUCUGAAACAGGUUAAAAUGCAUCCAGUCAUCCCAGGGCAGAGGUACGAUACAUCCUAGAUCUGGAGAGCAGAGACAGGGGGUCUCUUCUUCCUCUUUUCCCAACAGCACUUCAGGACGCCAGUCUCCCUAUGGAACCUCGGGCCCUCCCUCCUCCCAGUGGGUUACAGCUGGGAAAAUGGGUCACAGAAAAGCCUUCAGGACUGAGGCGACAUUUGCUUUUUUAUCGCUGUUCUUUGUCUUUUUUUUUAUCACCCGAGAGCCUCGACAGCUCCCCGGUCUGUCUGAACUCAGCAAUUUACUGGUGCUAGAGAACAACUUCAGGGCACCAAACCAGAGUCUAUCUGAAGCCAGGGACUAGGGCCCUCAUGUAGUCUGAUUACUGGUUUUAAAAGUUGAGGUUUCCUUCUAUGUAUACACACUCAAUACACACUCACUCAUUACAUCACUAGAAACAGUAUAAUUCACUCAAGACAAUGCAUCCUACAAGGCAAUACACAUCCA